GUAACGGUCCCGGCGGUUGUACAUCAGGGAUGUUAAAUUCCAGCAUGUAGCCGCUGAACAUGGCUGUGGGCCGAACAGCCUGCCGCGAGUGUAUUUGGGGAGGCGAGGGGUUGGAGGGGACUGUUCCUGCGGCCUCGGCUGGAAGCUCUCAGCUGCGCUGCCUUGUUGCAGGGGUCCUGGAGCAGCUGAGGCAACUGGAGCAGAGAGCCGAGCGGCAGGGAGUGGAGCAGGAGGAGGCCAUGCGAAGCCAAGGGCGUCUGGCACAGCUGCGGGCUACCGUGCUGAAACUCAGAGCGCAGAGAGACCUUCUGAGGAGCAGAGUGACGGCGAAGUCGGCAGGGGACAUCCAGGAGGUCCUGGCUCAGUCGCAACAGCAGUCGGCACCCCAGUUCUGCAAGGAGGAGCUGGACAGAACUGUGCUGCAAGAGAAGCUGAAGAGUGUCCAGGCUCUUAUUCUUGCCUACCGCCUGACAGGGAUCAGUGCUGAGCUGAUGGGCUCCAGCACGUUCACCUUCAGCAUCAGCACGGCCUACGAGAACACCUACUUGGAAUCGUAUUACCUGGAUAUUCAGGUCCAGCACCCUCGCAGGGUCAUCCGGCACAAUGUACCUGCCUUCAUCCCUGUGGAGCAAAUGGCUCAAGCCUUUCUACAGAAAGACCUGGCUUACUUCCUCGGGGCACUGCACAAAGCCCUCAAUGCCUAUGUUGGUAGGAGGUACCAACUUGAACAGCUACAGGAACUGCACGCUUCCUAUGUAAGGAACCACAUUCAGAGGAAUGCAGCCUGCAAUUUGCUGAAGUUUCACUAUCCUAUCUGGUGCGGGGAGAACGAGCAGACAGUUCUGGUGAAGCUGAUUUAUGAAGAUCUUACAAGCUGUCUUCCAACUGAUGUCACCAUCACCUGUACAGGAGUGGCUGCAGAGUCCUUACAGGAGAAGCUGGAAGGUCAUCGGCAAAUGUUUCUUCAUCAGCAUCUCCACCAUGCACUGGAAAGCAUAAAACCUCAGGAAGCAACGGUCCUGUCUAGUGGCAGCCUUCAACAACAUGACACGCAGACAAUUGCAUCCACAAUAGGAGACUGAGACCACUGACACCAGGGCCAACGCUGCGGGUGGGACCCCACUGACACCAGGGCCAAAGCUGCGGGUGGGACCCCAUUGACACCAGGGCCAACGCUGUGGGUGGAACCCCACUGACACCAGGGCCAACGCUGCGGGUGGGACCCCAUUGACACCAGGGCCAACGCUGCGGGUGGGACCCCACUGACACCAGGGCCAAAGCUGCGGGUGGGACCCCAUUGACACCAGGGCCAACGCUGCGGGUGGGACCCCACUGACACCAGGGCCAAAGCUGCGGGUGGGACCCCACUGACACCAGGGCCAACGCUGCGGGUGGAACCCCACUGACACCAGGGCCAACGCUGCGGGUGGGACCCCAUUGACACCAGGGCCAACGCUGCGGGUGGAACCCCACUGACACCAGGGCCAACGCUGCGGGUGGGACCCCACUGACACCAGGGCCAACGCUGCGGGUGGGACCCCACUGACACCAGGGCCAAUGCUGCGGGUGGGACCCCACCGAGGCCACGGCCGACGCUGCGGGUGGGACCCCACCGAGGCCAGGGCCAACGCUGCGGGUGGGACCCCACUGACACCAGGGCCAACGCUGUGGGUGGGACCCCACUGACACCAGGGCCAACGCUGCGGGUGGGACCCCACCGAGGCCAGGGCCAACGCUGCGGGUGGGACCCCACUGACACCAGGGCCAACGCUGCGGGUGGGACCCCACCGAGGCCAGGGCCGAUGCUGCGGGUGUGACCCCACCCACGCCACGGCCCACCCUCAUUCCAAUCACUUCUGUUUUCCACAGAAUAUGUCCUAAUCAUAUUCUUGAGGGUUGAAUGAAACCUUUCCAAGGCACCUUGUGAUUCUGGGUGGUAUGCAGACGAAGUGAUUUGCUUAGCUCCCAAUUUAUAAACUAUCUGUUGAAACAAUCCAGACAUGAAAUUACUGCCUUGAUCAGAUUGUAUUUCCUUAGGCAACCCAAAAUAAGUAAAGAAUUUUAUAAGAGCCUUUGUUACAGUUUUAGUUAUAUUCCUAAGUGGCACUACCUCUGGAAACCUAUUCGCAGUGCACAUGAUAGUCAACAAGUACUGAUAACCAGUUUUUGUCUUUGGUAAUGGACCAACACAAUCUAUAAUAACUUUAGAAAAUAGUUCACCAAAUGCUGGAAUAGGUUGUAAUGGAGCCACUGGUGUAAUUUGAUUUGGUUUACCCACAAUUUGAGAAGUAUGGCACAUUCUACAAAACAUUGCGACAUCUUUUCUUAAACCAGGCCAGUAAAAAUGUUUUAAAAUCUUAUCCACAGUUUUUCUUACGCCUUGAUGUCCACCCAGGUGCACACUAUGAGCUUAAGUUAAAAUUUCAUUUCGAUAAACUUUAGGAACAACUACCUGGUAAACAAUAUUCCAUUCAUCACUUGCAGGAGUUGUAGGCGACCUCUACUUCCUCAUCAACACUCCUUUCUCAAAAUAAUAUCCUACUGGCACCUUCUCAAUUUCACUAUCUGGAAGAGCUUGUUCUUUUAAUUUUAUAAUCUCAGGAUCUCUACUCUGUUCUGCUAUCAUCUUCUUCCUGGACAGAGACAAAUCUUCAUAGUCAGACUUACUCCAAGAAUCUUGUUCAAACAAAGAAGGUAGGGAAGUUUCUGACACAUCCUCAAAACUCAAAUCCUGAGUUGAACAGUCAUGAGUGGCAACCUUAUUCUGCACAUCAAUCUUUUUAGCCAUAGCUCGAGUUACAACACAGGAAGAAUCUGUGUUAGAAUUCAUCUCUGGUUCCUCUGACUCCAUUGUCAAAUGCACUUCAGGAAAACCUUGUUAACCUGCCAAGUCAUUACCUAACAAUAAAGAAAUAUCCUUCGCAGGUAAGCUAGGCUGUAGUCCUACUUUAACAAGUCCUGUAACUAACCCUGACUUUAAAUUCACUUUAUGCAGAUGUACAGGCAUAAAGGCACUCCCAACACCUCGUAUAUAAUUUACCUCACCAGUGUCAGAUUCUUCAUUAAACUUUAACACACUGUCUAACAUCAGUGAUUGAGAAGCUCCAGUAUCCCUAAGGGUUUUUAUUGGCACCGGAGUAGAUCCUUCUUCCAAGGAUACAAACCCUUCAGUUAUAAAAUGAUCAUAUCCCUUCCUAACUUGGUCAGACUGUAACAAAACUUCAAUUGUGUUAAUCAAGCCCUGUGGAUUUACAGGUGUUUCAGUAUGUUGCACAUAAGCGUCUGGGACUGCUUCCUUCUCUUUCUUUUUAAUUUGGAAACAGCUAUUACAUGACCAGGUUUCUUACAAUAAUUACAAAUGGGACCAAAUUGUCUUUCCUUCACAGGUUUUCCUUCCUCCUUACCUUUCUCACUAACUUCUGAUUUACCUUGAGUCUCUGUGAUAUUUUUCUUUUUAAAAGUUCUGCCCUGAGGAAAUUUAUUCUUAUGGAUUAAAGCAUACUCAUCAGCUAAUUUAGCAGAGUCCUGCAAUGUAUCAGUGUCUCUCUCAUUUAAGUAUUUCCUUAGUUCAACAGGAAUGCUUCCUUUGAAUUCCUCCAUUAAAAUCAGUUUCAAUUUAUUAUAGUCCCCAUUUACAUUUUUAGAGGAAACCCAUCUCUCAAAACACACAGCUUUAUCGUAGGCAAAUUCCACAUAAGUUUUUUCCACAGAUUUCUUCAAAUUUCUGAAUCUUUCUCUAUAAGCUUCUGGGACCAACUAUACACCUUCAAUAUGUGCGUUUUUACAAUAUCAUAAUCAAGCACUUGCUCAACAGUUAAAGCUGUAUAAACCCUUUGUGCUUUGCCUUUAAUUACACUCUGUAAUGUUAUGAAUACACCACAGCUCUGAGGGGCCGAAGGGUGCAAGGGAGCCCCCUCCUUUGUGAGAAUCGCAAGAGCAUUAUUGGGUUGGGUCAGAGGACCCAGGAAAUGAGAGAGAGAGACCUGGCCAUUGUCUCCUAGAGACAACGUUUGUGGAUUGGGAACUAUGCUACGUGCAAGCCCUUGGGCAAAGUGGGCUGGUUGAGAGAGGGAUUGCAUCAUCCCAAACUGAUUGACAUCUGAGACCCCGUGAGGAAGUAUAAAAGAGGGUCUGGGGGAACAACCCCUUUCAGACGCACCAGAAGAAACGCUAGCAAUCCCGUAAUAGCGGGAAGCCAUUUGAAGGAAGCCACGUGCGUUUGGUUCCCUUGCCUGGGGGCUGGUGGCUGGUACCAUGGAAAACGACUUGGAACUAACAACGGGGAACCAACUCCCCCCAACUCAACGGAUUGGCCUCAUAAAGACCUGGGCAAGUUUCAAACUGUCUCUCUCUUAAACCCAAAAAGCUGCAGCUUGAAAGGACAGUGACUUUUAUCUUUCCAUCGGACAAUACAAUAUCCCCUAGAGACAAACGAUAGAGCUAUUGCUUAAUUGAUGAUUAUUAUUAUACCCGAGUUUUUAGAUUGAGUAUUGACGACGUAUUUUAUCUGAAUGUCUGUAUUAAUCUUAUUUUUGUGCCUCUUUAUAAAUAAAGACUUUUAAAAA